AUGGAGCCUGAAGUUCCUCACCUCACAGCAGUCGGCGGGAAGUCCCUUCCGGCAGCAUGCAAAACAAGCACCCUGGCCUAUUGUCCCUCGAUGGACCUGAUUGCUCUAUCAUCAGAGAAGGAUGAGCUGAGCGUGUACCGUUUAAAUGGGCAACAACUGUUCAGUGGUUCUUGGAAAGGUGAUCCCUACCUAGGCGAAGAUGAGAAAGAUGGAGAGAUAAGAACUCUUGCAUGGAAGCCGAACGGCCGCUUCCUCGCCGUCGCGUGUGGAGACGGCUCUAUUCGUAUUAUGAGCGCAUACAAUGGAAAGACAGUGCACCACUACCCUGCCACCAAGGCACCGAGUGAUAAUGAGAAGACUUCAGAUAACAAAACAUCGCCGAGAGUCACAUAUUUGGGAUGGGGCGUCAAUUUCACCGACAGUGAAGGCGCUCAAAACCAUCUUGAAUCAGGUCACAUCUCGCUUGAUGACUUGCUGGAUACGAGCACUCAUCCUUCAAGAGCAUCUGCUUUGCUCAAAGCUGAUCUGCCCAGGGAGCUCGCGUUGCUGGACAUCGAAAGCUCUCUGCCUAAGCUGAGUAUAUUGCCCGCGACGGGUGCGGGGGAAGAUUUAUUCAGCUCGCUUGCGUCAAUCGAUUCUAUCUUCCAUUCAUCUACACGGGAGGCUAGUGAUACGGUAGAUGUGCUGUUUGUCGGCUUCGAUGACGGCACCAUCCACCUCCGUAUCUUUGAUCGGUUUGAAAUCGGCACAAUCUGCGUUAGCGACUCGACUGGACUGGCCGAGUCAUGCCAGAUUCUUAACCACGCUUCGCAUUCGCUGAGCUCGACGCAUGCCUUGCUGGCAUCAUCUGCUGCAGGCAAUUCCCGUGCUCCCCUUGACCUCAUCACACUGGAUCUUCGUUUCAUAACCAAGUCGGGUCGAUACUUGUCUCUUCUUGCGUCCAAGACUACGCAGCUCCAGAAUCUGCUACGGUACAUUGGCCAGGUGCAGCGAAGUAUUGAAUUAGAAUGGAAGAAUGCGCAGGAGUUGCCGGCGCGGUUUAUCCGCAGCAUUAACGAAGACUUGCAAGAAAAAUGUCAGUGUGACUUUACCACUGCUAUCUAUCACCUUGCUGCUACGGGCAAUUGCUUUGAGCCCAUGAAAGAGUUCCUGGUUGAUAUUAUCGGCGAGAGGGGACAUGCGAGAUGGGACAAGGCUGUCUCAGUGGGCUACGAAGGCAUUCGACGAUUGACGCACGAAUCUCUCAUCCCAGCACUAGAGCGGAGCCAGAUUCUUCUUAGCCGACUGGUUGGAUUGUCGAAAUUUCAAAAGCUCAGCGAUGUACUUGGCCUGGACACACCCAAGCUCAACGCCAUCGUUGAGACUUUAGACUGCCUGCAUCUCCUGGCCCAUAAAAUUCUUAUUCAUUCUAACGAGGAGCUUCAUCAAUUUGCCGCUUUCUCUCGCUGGCUCCGGCACGAAAUCCUCAUUCUCAACAGCGACCCGCUCGGCCAGACAAUGGAAGAACUUGUGGGCAAAAGAGAUCUUUACGAAAUUCCCACCACUGUAAAAUACAUCACAGGAGCUCUUCGAAAAAGUGAGCUGCGCAACUACAUCCGUCAGCUCCCCAUGCUCGGAGCACCUGUAUCUCAAGCCCCGGCCACGGACAAGUGGCUUCCGGAUGGCCAUGACCAGUCCUUUUACGACCAAGUCAAGUUGUUGUUCGCUCAGAAACGCAAGCUCCUGAAUCAUGGUGGUGAUACGUCGACGGUGGACUCUCCUAAGCUCAAUGACUUGACUAAGCGGCUGGAAAUUCAGUUUGAAAAGGUUUAUGCGGAGAUUGCUGAGACACAGCGCAGGGGAAUUCUACAUCGGUCCCCACUUACACUCCAUGAGGAUUGUGAUCAAAGCAUCUUGGACCUCAAGAUUUGUUAUGAAGAGGCUGAAGAUGGAGGCCCUUGCUCCAUUUAUGCCGUGACUCGAUCAUUCGCAUCUAAGCACCUAGUUUACAUCUACCGCACCGUACUUGACUCCAGCAACGGCGUUAGUUCGACACGCAGUACAUCUGUGUCAGCAUUCAGCCUUGGCGAGGGAGAAGUGCGACAGCUACAAUUUGUCGAUGAUGAUACCCUUAUGAUCCUCUGGAUGGACAAGAAAGGAAUCUCGUAUCUAAUCAACAUCCCCUUCCAACCCGCAUCUGCCCAACAUCCAUCCGAAGAGCCCGGUCUGCAACCCUUCACACUAGGCUACACUGCCUGUGGCGCCCAUCAUACGAAAUCCGAGUUCAGACCUGAAACUGAAACACUAGCACUUGAAAUGUCGAUGCUGUACGACGCCGGCAUGGUUCGACAUGUCUUCCCAGUGUCGGGUCUCAAGUCUAAACCGAUUCAUGUGUCUACCAAUGGCCGGAAGUGCCGACGGGCUGUUUGUGUUUUGUAUGGAGAUGGAUUCCGAUAUGAUGUAUUCGAUAUGGAUGGUGUUAUGCCGGAAGAGCUACUGAAAGGGCCGGAUGAAGAAGCCAUGAAGGAAGAUUUGGAGAAUGAGGAUAAAGAGAAUAACUAG